CCCGUACCCCCCUUUAGUGGCCCAUGAGCACCUGCACGUCCCGGCAGGUGUCGCUGAGGCGCAGCCGGCCCAGCGUGCAGCGCAGGCCGUUCUCGACGGCCGUCUCGAUCAGGUGCUCUAGGAGGUCGUCCCCGGGCUGCAGCGGGUGGGUGGCGAGCAGGCCCGCCCCGAUGUGGUGGAGCUCGCCGUUGGAGAAGUCGUACUGGGCGGGCUGGCUGGGCGCCUGCGCCCUUCUGGCAGCGGAGACCCGCAGGCCAAACAAGGCGCACCGCAACCCGAUGCAGUCCCGGGGGUGGGCGUAGAGGUACGACACCUUGCGGACGGCUUAGGCAAACUGAGCGCUGCACACACGACACAUACACAGAGAGAGAUGCCGUGACAUGACGAUAGUGACAUUAUCUCCCCAUGUGUCUCCCUCCUCGUCAGUCUUACGGAUGGCGGCAGGCUUGGAUGACGGUCCGAAUCCAGGCCUUGUACGCCGCAUCCGCCCAGCUCCUGUCGAUCUUGUCCCGAGAUCGAAGCCGGCGCUGUGGCACUGUGAGGCCUCUCGUGUAGAGAUUGAUCCCCACUCCCCGUAAGGCUGCCGCCUGCGCGUUGUUGAGGAGGAAGAGCGCUUUCGGCAAGGCAAACCUUACGGGGAUGAGGAUGUCGGCGCCGUUCAUCAUGCGGAUCCACAGCCCGCCCGCCGCCCGUCGCCACAUGACCGCGCCCCUUGCGUUAAGCAUGGGCUGGUCGGGCAGGCGGGCCAGCAGCAGGCGGGCGAUGGGGACCGCUACGCAGCAGAACCACACGUAGAGCCGCACUCGUACUGAUGGACAAACAAACAGGGAACAGUGAUGCAUUCACUGGUUUUGACCGACAUGUGUGUGAAGAGUGAGGUGGUUGAGGUCUCCUUACACUCUGGGCAGGGCUGCGGCGUCCACACGUAACAUGUUGCGUUGAUGAAGAUCCACUCAUAACUGACACAAACAGACGAAGGAUUACCACACACAUUAACACAACCAAGCUGUGGUCAUCCUGUCCGCCAUUGUGUUGCCUUCCUUCCAAUCCGCGUUUAUCCCCACAGAGUUGCUGCAGCGCCUUGAGGGCCCGGUUCGGCUUGUCGCCGAGGUGGUGGAAGUGCCCCCCUUCGCUUUCAGCGCGUAGUGAAGAUAGAUGGGAGCGUGUUUGAGGAUCGACGGAGGGCUCAAUACUGUGUCUUGCACCCUUGUUGACAACCGUUUUCAUCACCACCACCGCCUCAGCACGGCCCUCAUACACCGACAUCAAACCCUGCACAUCCAACAAACCAACCAACGCAUAUGUGCUGCUUUCGUCAAUUGACUUUCUUACGUACCUGCGUGUGAAGUGUGCAGCUUGGAAUUGUGAGUGCUGCGCUUCUUGGCGCCGUCCGCUCGCCCUCUCGCUCUUCCUCUCAGCCCGCAACAGCAUCCACCAUCUCACUCAACUGCACACAUCCAUCCAUCCAUCGAUCCAUCCAUCAAAGUAGGACACACACCACAUAAACAGCCAGUUUCCCCUUCAUUGUGUGUGUGUGUGAAUCACCUGUCUUGCCGUAUUCGAUGAGCUCAGCCACAGUGGGCCUGGUGGGCAGAGGUAGCUCUCGAACUUCAGCGUCGGCACCACCACCACUCAGCACGACGCUCAUACACUGACACCGAACGCUGUACACACCAACAAGUGCAUCUUUGUGCCGCCAACAAGUGCAUCUUUCCAUGUGUCUCUUGUUUGUACGCUCUCACCUGCAGGGGACUCAGUCACGGCAGUGGUCGUCGCGAAGGGGUUGAGGCGAGACGACACACUCGACACCGACGCAAGCUGAUGCGACAACGAAGCGGAACUCUCCCUGCACAAUCAUGAUCACACACGAAGGAAUGAAUGGAAGCAGCCAAUCGCUCAUCAUUGAUCGACUGAUUCACUGAUUUACUUGCGGUAGGGGCGGAACGUCGGCACAGAGAGAAUGAUGGGCUUCAUGACGGCUGCACCACCACCAGCAGCAGCAGGGGACUCAGUCACGGCAGCCUGAUCGUAUACACACACACACAGGUCGCUGUGAAUGCAAUCUCUUUCAGUUCGCUUGCCUUGUGUGCUUCCUGCGAGGCGCCACUGCUGGCUGCUGCUGGUGUUGCAGAGGAUGAUCCGGGCGAGCAGUCCUCGCGGCCGCCCCAGCUCUCAUCGUCGUCAUCGGGAUCAUCAUCCCACUCAAAACCUAAUAUGAUACAGACAGGCAUGCAUGAUCAUGAGGAUUUCACGAGCUCACCGGGAAAGUAUGGCUUGCAGCCCUGUGUUAUCCCCAGGAGAAGGAGGAGCCUCUUGGCCUCGAAGUUGAACAGCCCGCAAAGCCCGCGCCGCUUCGACCACUUGCCAUUCCGUAAUUCGUUGCUGCACAUGGGAAUACACAGUCUCUCUGUCUGUUCUUUCCCUUCCUCACUUACUCCACACGCCUCAGGAUUGAUCGGAGCCAGAUUGCGAACCUCUCGGCGCUCGUGAACAUGCGACGCGCUUCCCAAAUGUCUGUCCCGGCUUGGACUGCCGCCUCCUAACACACUCACACAAAACACACACACCGAUGUAUGUGUGAACGGGAGCGGCGUCUCUGUGUACUUCGGUAUUGCCCCUUCGGUUGUUCUCAUCGAAAGCAUCACGGGCCAAACCUGACAUGCACGAAGUGGACACAUGCACGAAGUGUGACCGUCGCUUAGAUGAGGGUGUGGAUGAAGACCUUGUAGGCCGCGUCAGCCCUGCUGCGCUUGAGGGUUCGCCGAGACCAGCGGCGCCGCUGCUGGGCCGUGAGGCCGCGAUCGCUGACCCAAAGAGACAAAGGAGCACCCGCACACAUGAACACAACCUUGCUGUCGUCAUCCUGUCCGUCAUUGUGUGUUGUCUUACUUCCAAUUCGCGUUGUGCCCACAGAGUUGCCGUGCAGCUGCAGGUAAGUACUGGACGACGAAUUGUAGGUAGUACCAUAGGUUGAUUGCCACGUACUGCCAAUCAAACACACAAACACACCAAAAAAUCUAACGAAUGACGACGUUUGUGUUGAUGCAUUUUCAUGGAUGCAUCAAUGUGAGAAUGCAUGUGGUGCAAUGAUGCAUUACUUACCUCGUUUGUGUGAUGGUGGCGUGCACUGAAGUGCAGCAGGUUGGCAUACACCUCACGAUGGUCCGGGUAGACCAUCCCCGCAACCGACCACACCCCAGCCACCAGGACCGCGGCAGCAUAUUUGGGAAGAGCAGGCUUCGCCAGCGGCAGCGCUGCACGAUCCGCUUGGCCUCUGCGGGAGGCGCAUCGUGGCGGCCUGCUGUGGCUGAUGGGCGGAUGAGUUGAGGGGGCUUGGGCUGGUGGAUGGGGAUGGGCAGCCUUUGAUAAGAUUUCAGCGAAAGAGAGAAAGAGGGGAUGGGCGAGGAUGCAGGAUUGUCGAGUGCUUGAGCAGCGAAUGCGCAAGCAAACUCCUCCCACCAAUAUCGGCAGCAUAUUUGGGUGCAACAGCGCCCGUCACUGGGUGGUGGGUGACGUGGUGGGUGGGCGUCUGGAUGGGGAAGGUCGGGUGAUAUCCGACUUGUUGUGCGGCAUAUAGGUGCCAGCCGCUGGCUGGAAAGUGAGAGAGGGCUGCACCAGUGCCAGAGGAUGACGGUGAUGCGGGGAAAAGG